AUGUCUGAAGAAGAUGUCCCUCUCGUCAGGAACCUCAGGGAAGUGGGACACGUCGGGCGCGCGCGCCCCGCCUGGGCAGUAGUGCUGCUGGCCAGCGUGCUGAUUUUCACCACUGUGGUCGAUGUGCUGGGAAAUUCACUGGUCAUCAUUUCUGUGUUCCGGAAUCGUAAACUGAGAAACGUAGGUAACAUGUUUGUGGUUAGCCUGGCAUUUGCUGACUUGGUGGUGGCUUUCUACCCAUACCCACUGGUCCUGUAUGCACUGUUCCAUGAUGGAUGGUCUGUGGGGGACACUCAAUGCCAAGUGAGUGGCUUCUUAAUGGGCCUGAGUGUAAUUGGUUCAGUGUUCAACAUCACAGGCAUUGCUAUCAAUCGUUACUGCUACAUUUGCCACAGCUUUACCUAUGGGCGCUUCUACAGCUUACGUAAUACAUUGCUACUGGUAGCACUCAUCUGGAUGCUGACUGUGCUGGCCAUCCUCCCCAACUUCUUUGUAGGCUCACUGAGCUAUGACUCCAGGGUCUACUCAUGCACAUUCACACAGACGGCCAGCAGCUCAUACACAGUGGCAGUGGUGGUGGUGCACUUCCUGGUACCCAUUGUGGUAGUGACCUUCUGCUACCUCCGGAUCUGGGUGCUGGUCAUCCAGGUCCAGCGCAAAGUGAAGAAGGAGGAGCAUGGCAAAGUGCGACCCAGCAAUCUGCGAAAUUUUGUCACCAUGUUUGUGGUGUUUGUGCUGUUUGCCAUCUGCUGGGCACCACUGAACAUUAUUGGCUUGGUGGUGGCUAUGGACCCAGAAGGAUUGGCCCCUCGUAUCCCUGAGUGGCUGUUUGUUGUCAGCUACUUUAUGGCCUACUUUAAUAGCUGCCUCAAUGCCAUCAUCUAUGGGCUGCUCAACCGGAAUUUUCGUGAGGAAUACAAGCGUAUUGUAACAUCUGUGUGGUUACCACGGUGGUUUGUAUCAGAGACAUCCAGAGUUGCCACAGAUGCCAUGCGAAACAAACCCUCUCCAGCCAUCAACAAUGAGUGA